UUAGCAGCUAAAAUAUUUCACAUCCCUAUUAGCAAGUGUUUCUUUCGUAACAAAAAAAAAAUGUUCAGUCACAAAAAGAGCGCUGAUCACAAUACUAGUCUAAUUCACUUUUACAAUACCAAAUACAAAUUCCAUGGAAAAUAACUAGAUAAUAACCAGUUUUAAUGAUAUUAGAAAUUAAAUACUUAUUUAUCUAACACAAUACAUUAAAAACACGUUAUUAAUCUUAAUUAUGUUUAACUUUGUGGAAAUGAAAACAUUAGCUAUUUACUAGUGCAUACCAGAGCAAUCACUGCAACCCACAGCUAUUCAAAUCACAUUAUAAAACCCGCUGAGAGACUAACUAUCGGACGCGUAAAACAAAAAUAUCUUAGAAUAGACAGUUUAUUGGAUCAAACAUCAGUGAUCGAUAUUGCAAGCCGGGCAGUGAACGUUAAAAAUAUCGAAGUGAAUAAAAAGUGUUAAAAAUUUUAUUGAAAAAUAAUUUGGGUGUGAAAAAGUGAAGGAUUAAAUUAAUAAAAAAAAAAAAAUUAUAAUAAAAAAUGGGAUGUAAAUUAACAAAAUUAGCAGCGUCGGAGUUCAAUCAGGAGGCAAUAGAUCGUCCACCACCACCUUCCGAUCCACGGUCACCGCUGACAGCGAAACAACAGUACUGCAUGUUGGCGUCUUGGAAAGGGAUCUUCAGACAGAUUGAGAAGACUGGCAUCAUAUUAUUCGUGAAAUUAUUCGAAGAAAACCAAGACCUCCUAAACCUGUUCGAGAAAUUCAGCGAAUUGAAGACUAAGGAGGAGCAGGUGAUGUCCACGGAACUAGCCGAGCACGCCACAAAGGUGAUGCACACACUGGACGAAGGCAUCAAGGGUUUGGGUGAUGUUGACGCGUUCUUCGCGUACAUAAGACACGUGGGCGCCACACAUCACCAGGUGCCAGGAUUCAAACCUGAAAACUUCUGGAAAGUCGAGAAGCCUUUCCUGGAAGCAGCGAAAACGACCCUGGGUGAUAGAUACACGCCAAAUAUUGAAAACAUAUACAAACUAACGAUAAAAUUCAUAUUAGAGAAUCUGGUCAAAGGUUACGAGGACGCCAAAGUGGAAAACGAUUCUAGUCAGACUUGAUAGACAUUUAUAUAAAACUCCUUCUUUGUGUUAAGUACCUACAUUAAAUAACAUUAUUUAAUUGUAAGUUAUGUACCUACCUAGCUAUCUACAGGAUGAUAUCAAAACCAUAAGCGGUACGUGAAAAUAAAAAUCAACAUAUGACCUACUAAUAGUAUAAAGAAGAAAGAUUUGUUUGUUUGUCUGUAAUGGAUAAACUCAAAAACUAAUGAAGUAAUUUUAAAAAUUAUUUCACCUAUAGAAAGCUACUUUAUCAGCAAAUAAUAUAGUGAAAUAUAUAUUAUUUAAAAAUAAAGAUAUCGAUACAAAAAUUACAAAAAAAGUAAUCCUUAGUAUAAAAAAUAUUUGACCAUUUAAAGCAUACAUAAAAUACUAACGUAUCUUUCUAUCUAUCUAUCCAUAUAAAGCUGAGGACAGAAUACAAGUAUAAUAGAUAGUAGAGGGGAAAUUUCGUGAAUCAAAAAUUUUAAUAAAGAACAAAUUAUUUUGAGUUUCCCGUACUAACUUAACAGCUGGACGCAUCGUGUUAGUCUUACUCAAAAUUUCAUGUCUUUUCUACCCAUAUUUUGUUAGUGAAAAUAUGCAAUUUUACUAGCAGGAUACUCCCUUCAAAGGACGCUAACUAUUGUAGCGAUUCAUUCCGCUACCACCUUUUAAGCGCGCCAACAAUUUUUACGUCAAUAUAAAAUUAAGACUCUUUUUCGUUUGCAUAAUUUAGAAACUUGGUGACGUUUGGAGUUUUAGUUUAUCUGACAUCUAUCUUUCUGUCUUUACAAAUCCUAUCUAUUGUAAAAUAUUAAAUACCGAUUAAAUGUUAUUGUCGAUUGCUGUUCAUUAGUUUCCUUCUGUCUUUCAACUGCAAGAUAAAUAGAAUCUGCAAGCAAGGUAUUUUUUUUAAUGGAUGAUAAUGGAAUGGUAACCCCACCCGCGCUAUCGGUAUACACUGGCGGGGCACCAGUGAAGGAUGAUAGGUGAGGAUGAAGUAGGUCAGCUAGCCAAUCGUGACGAAUUCAACAAGAAUCGUUCACGAUGGUUUCCAAGGGGAACCACGUGUAUGUCGACCUAAUAGGGCAUAUUGCCAGCAAUGGGGCUGUCAAACUCCAUUGCUAACAAUUCCUUUCCCCCCUGCAAGCAAGGUUAGUGACUGAAUGCUAUAGCUAUCCUUAGUCACUAUUUUAAUUCCCAUCUGUAUAAGAAUUAAAUUAUAGACACGAAGUUUAUGAUAAAUUUUGUAAGUUUAUUUUUUGAAAAAACAAAGUGAAUUUGUUUAUUUCCCUUUACACUUGAAUAUAGACAUCUUAUAAAAAAAAUAAUAUAAGUUUAAAAAUUAAAUAAAUAAUAAUAAUAAGUAGAUUAUUGAAAAAAAUAUAUAUAAUAUAAAUUAAAUUUAUAAAAUUAUAAAUUAUUAUAUAAAAAAAAAACUUAAAUCUGUUAUUAAUUUCUGAAUGAAAUUCUUUUUGAUGUAAUAUGUGAAAUUUUUCAUUAGAAAAAAUUUCUAAUUCAUUUACUUAAUAGAAAUUGCUUAAAUUAUAAUUAAUUACCUUAGAAAGAAUUAAUUAUUUUACGAUUUUUUUCCUGAUAUCGUAUUGAUUAUAAUGUGAACAUACCACCAUAAAUGUGAUGUCUCUUUUUUUAUGUUUUAAGUAGGACUCGAUAGAAGAAUUGUUUUUAUGAAAUAUAAUUAAUACAAUAUUA